CUCAAAAUUCCACCUCAAAAGCGCAUGUUCUCUCUUACGUUCCACAAUUUUUUUUUUAUCAAUACUCAACUCUGAACUGCGAACUGACCUACUAUACACUGUUACUCUCUCGAAAUAGAGCUACGUACAGCUGCGUCAAUAAAAUCUAUUUUUGAAAUUUUUGCGGCGAAUUCAAAAACUUACGUUCCACACGCAUCCACAUCAUACACACAAUCUGUGAGUUUUCGAGAAUUUCAACUCAAAACAUCAGGUUCUUGAUUCAGUAUCUUGGCGACGUUUUCUCAUCGAUGACGCGAAGCGAAAGCAAACGACAACGAACGCAAAUAUACGUAGCAGUUUUUUGAUUAUACGCAGCGAUAACGGUUUUUUGGCUGUUGCACGUUCCCGAAAAGGGAUUUUUUUGAAAAAAAAAUUCCGUAAUUCGGUUACGGAAAUAAAUAUUUUGUCUUUGCCAAAUUCUGUGUUGGGGGAUAUAAAAAAAAUUAUGGCAAAAUUGUUAUCACUAUAUAUUAACCCUUAAGGGUUCAAUGGUUUCCUGAGAACGGAUUUUGUGUUAGUUCGGAAAAUCAAUACAUUCCAUUUAAAAAAAAGUAAAAAUUUUAUAUAAAAUUCAUAAAUCACAUUUCCCAAAUGUCCUUUUGGCCAUGUGUUCUAUUUAAUUAGUGUUCCGUUAAUAGCUUCCAUUUGAGUGUAUAGAUAUUUCCUCCUAUAAAACUGGUAUAAGGAUUUAAAGAGAAAAAAAAAAAUAACAAAAAAAGAAGUGUCGCUAUAUAGUUGACAACGCGCGAUAAUAGCUGGUAAAAAGCGUCGCGUCAUUUUCACUUUAAACCAAUGACUGUGACAAGGACGAUGCUGAUGCUUCUAAAGAUGAUGCUGAUGAUGAUGAUUAUGAUGACGAUGUCAGCAUAAUGCCACAGGAUAUGCCAGGCUAAAAAAUUUUGUCAUAUAAAAAAAAAAUAAAAAAAAAAAAAAAAUUAUAAAUGCAUUUUCUUAGUAUACCGCCACAGUGAAAUAAGAAAAAAAAAAUCCUUUUUUUUUCUAUAUGCCCUGCAACAAUUUUAGUGCGCUCUUGCUCUCGUUCGCUUAAUUAAUUGAGAGUGUGAAUAAUUAAAAAAAAGUGGAAGAAAAAAAAAAAGAGUUAUAUUUCCCACCGUGUGUCACAUCACAGUUUGAUAUCCUUGUAACCUUGUAAUCCUUCAUCUUCAUCAUCGUUCUGGUGCUCGGUAACUAGUCUUCGUGUUUGUCGGUGAUAUGGUACUCAUCUAGAAACCUACCAUUUUUUGUGUGAUAUAUCCUUUUCCUUCUCUCAUCGCGCAACUUGUUCGUCGUCGUCGUCAUCAUCGUUGUCGCGCUAAAAAAUUCCACUGACAUCCUUGAUACCUUUUUUGUUUUUUUGUUGUUGUUUUUUUUUUUUCGUCCUUUAGAAUAAUAUUGUACAUGUAGGUACUUGUGUGCAAAAGGAAAAAUCUAGUAUAUUUCUCUAUGAAAAUGAAAAAAAAAGUUUUAAAUGAAUAAUGCAAUAUUCUUUCUAAUUAAGUGAGCAAACAUAUAGCGUGAAUAAAGGACGAUACGAUAUAGAAGGUCCUGACGGGUGUUAUAAUGGUAUAAUAGGUUCGUGGUGAUGGUUCAUAUAAGUGAAGACAUAAUAAUUGUGUGAGCUCUCAUCCUCUUUAUCCUGCUGCUGCUCGACAUAAUCUGAUUUAAAUUUUGCAGGUGUAUAAAAAUUCAAAAAAAAAGAAAAAGGAUGUGCCCUUCUUCUUUGUCAGUUAUAACCUAUGUUUUAUUAUGAAAAAAAAGUGUAAUUAGUUGGUGUUUUAUGGCUAAAAAUCACGAAAUAAUCAUUUUUAAUUGCGCUAAAUGAAAUUGGAUACAUCCUCAUUCGCCACACACAAAUAUUUCUACUUCUUCUGUUUACAUGUAAAAAUAUUAUAAAUCGCAUGUCAGUUGGGAAUAUAUUCUGACAAACAUAUAAAUAAAACAGGACAACACAACUAAUUAAAAAAAAAAAAAAACAAAUUGUAUAUCUACGAGUAUAAUGAAACAGAAAUAUUUGUUGUAAUUCUGUUUAUUGACGGAAAAUAAUAAUUAUUUUGACCAAAUAAAAUAAAACGACCAUCAUAAAAAAAAGAGAAACUUUAAGGAAAAUUACAAAAAAUAAAUAUCAACAAAAAACAACACAAAACAACAUAAAGGAACAACCACCGAAGGACAAGAUAGGCAUCACAUGAGCUGUCAUCAUGAUCGCAAUUAUAACAUUAUUCUUCUAUAUGACAAGUCUGACCAUGUGUUACCAGAGACCAUCGGUGAAUCACAAUAAUUUGGAUCAAAAACCCACACAUUCGCCACCGUUGCAUUCACCACAUGGCCAUAGAUGGAAUGAGCCAUAUUUUGACGUAACUAUGCCAAAGAAUAUCACGUCACUUGUGGGAAAGUCUGCAUAUUUGGGAUGUCGUGUAAAACAUUUAGGAAACAAAACGGUCGCAUGGAUACGACACAGAGACCUGCACAUACUCACCGUUGGGACAUACACUUACACUACAGAUCAAAGGUUCCAAACAUCCUACCACCGAGAUAUAGACGAAUGGACGCUACAGAUAAAAUGGGCACAGAAACGUGACGCCGGAGUGUACGAGUGCCAACUAUCCACCCAACCAGUUAGAAGUUUUUCGGUAAACUUAAAUAUUGUUGACUCCAUUGAUACUGAAAAGAAUAGUAUUUUGCAACAAUACUAUAACGAUGAUACAUUUUACAUAAGCUCGGAUCGUGUAUAUCAAGGAAGUGACGAUGAAUUUGCUGGACUAUAUGGACCAAUUCAAACUGUAGCCGUGCCAACAGCAACAAUACUUGGUGGACCAGACUUGUAUGUGGAUAAAGGAAGCACCAUUAAUCUGACAUGUGCAAUAAAGUUUAGUCCAGAGCCACCGACACAUAUAUUUUGGUAUCAUCAAGAUAAGGUCAUCAGCGAAGACUCCGAACGUGGAGGCAUCACAUUCAUCACAAGUAUAUCAGAUGAUCCUAAAUCAAUACUUCUCAUCGACGAUGCUGAUUUACCUGAUUCAGGCAAAUAUUCCUGCUAUCCAUCGAAUACUGAAAUAGCUAGCAUACGCGUUCAUGUGCUUCAAGGUUAACGCGCGUAGCUAACGAAAGACCAGGCGUGCUUAAGAACCUAAUUUUGCUGGUUAUAACCUAACAAAAACUUUUUCCUUAAGAUUAUUCUCUAUCUUGCACUCUCGAAGAAUAAUCUAACCAUAACCAUUUGAGAACUCUAAUAUGGAACUUCUUAGAGGUACACAUCUAUUGUGUAUAGUCUUAUAGAUCGGAGAUAUCAUUAUUAAAGCAGCUUUUAAAAUUGCCAUAAGGAAGAAGCCACCCUUAACAGAGUUGAUAGUGACACAUUAAGUUAUACUACAUUUACCAUCGCAUCGUGUCGUGGUUACGUUACAGCACCAAGCGAAGAGAUUCCAUCGAUAAGGACACACACAAAACUGAGAGUGGCUCCUCUUAUGCCAUGUUUUUACCUACUACGUUUUCUAUAUGUAGUAUACUAGCAAGGAGCAAAAACAUCCUUCGCUACACUUACUAACAUUUAUUUAGGGGUCUAUAUUUGUACGAUAAGAAUUUUGUUCCUUGAAGCGCAUAGUUGCACGAAUAUGUUCGCAAUCUGAAUCAGCGAUAUUUGGAGAAGGGUCUUGCGGGCGUGCAAGUGAAUGUUUCAAGUGAAUUUAGUUCUCUGCUACGAGCAUCGACCAAAAGACCGAAGUAAGCAGCAGCAUCGUCCUCGUCAUUCUCCGAAAUCUGCACGUUUUCAGUUCAGAGCCAGAGUCAGGAAUAUACGUUAUAGAAGUAGAAACAGCAGCACAGAAACAGGCAGGAUGUGUAUACGUUUGCAUCCUGAUGAUGGGGUCCUUUAUAACGGAGGUGGUGGGGGUGGCUGUUGAUGAUGAUGAUGUUGAUGAUGCUGGGUGUUUGGGAUGUACAUUCUUACACCUUAGUUGAAGCAGUGAAUAUAUGUUUGGUGUUCCAUUGACUGUUCAAGAUCUCUCUCAAGAGUAUAGUUGAUGAGUUGUACAUGAUGACC